GGCAGAUGCAAUCUAUCGAUUCCGCACCCAUCUAAUCGACUCCCGGAUCGCGAAGGCAAUCUCAGCUAUUGUUUACUCACACGGCGCCUCUCGAGCGCGGUCCGAUAAAAUCUGCGGCGCUGAGUGGCCAACGGGGGGCGGUCGCAAUCGCCGGGUGACAGGCGCGGCGGAGAGCACGCGAGGGACGGAGGGCCGCCGGCGAACGCGUCCCCCAAGCAGCCCGGAAGCGCUCGAUGGGCAGGCGGAGGUCACGAGUGUUUGGGAGAGUACGGGAGGACACAGAGCCUGCCGACCGCGGGCCACGAGACACGGAGCCUGCGGACGGCGUUCGCGAGCCAGCGGGAGAGUAAGACAGGCACACACACUGGGUUGGCGAGUGACUAGGGGGGCAGAAGAAGCCCAGAGAACCUGCGCACGUUUGGCAGCCACUGGGAGAGUAAGACAGGUCCCCGAGCCAACAGCUCGCGGACCGCGUUAGCGAGUGACCAGGAGAGCACGGGCGGAGACACUGCGAGCCGCGAACGCGAGUGACCCGGAGAGAACGGCAGGACACACACAGCCUGCGGACCGCGCGGGCCGCUGCUGUCGCUCAGGCGGCGACGCGACGCCGUGGGCUUGCGAAAGGGUGGCCGCGGGCGAGUGGGGAGAGGAAGGGACGGGACGGGACGGUCGGCGAAAGAGAGAGCGCGCGCGGCGUGGUGCGGUACGGAGCAGAGCGGCAGUGCUUCAAAGGCGGCGGGCGGCGAUGACGGUGACGGGCGACGCGCUGCCAUGGCGCACGGCGCUGCGCCAGCUGCUGGCGGUGGGAGCAGAAUUAAUAUCAUUUUCAUCCAGUUCCCAAGCGUCGCUGGUGUUUGCGUCGGCGGGCGCGCUGCUGGUGUGCGCGGCGGCGCUUGCCCCGCCUGCUGGAGGACUCGGGCGAGAGGAGAAAGCGUGAGGGGCGGAGG